GGCACAGGCUGGGACAAACUACACUUCCCAGGGCUCCCGGGCAGCGGAAGUGACGCGGGAGCAGGCGCGUUGGAGUGUCCGGGUUAAAAAAAAAAUGGCUGAAUAUUUAGCUUCGAUAUUCGGGACUGAGAAGGACAAGGUUAACUGCUCUUUUUACUUUAAGAUUGGGGCCUGCCGGCACGGGGACCGGUGCUCCCGGCUUCACAACAAACCGACUUUCAGCCAGACCAUAGUGCUGCUCAACUUGUACCGGAACCCACAGAACACGGCCCAAACUGCAGAUGGAUCCCACUGUCACGUGAGCGACGUGGAGGUACAAGAGCACUAUGAUAACUUCUUUGAGGAGGUCUUCACGGAGCUUCAGGAGAAGUAUGGAGAGAUUGAAGAGAUGAACGUGUGUGACAACCUCGGGGACCACCUCGUGGGCAAUGUCUACGUUAAGUUCCGCCGGGAGGAGGAUGCAGAGCGGGCUGUGGCUGAACUCAAUAACCGCUGGUUCAACGGGCAGGCCGUGCAUGCGGAGCUGUCUCCUGUCACCGACUUCCGAGAGUCGUGCUGCCGUCAGUACGAGAUGGGGGAAUGUACCCGAGGUGGCUUCUGCAACUUUAUGCACCUACGACCCAUCUCCCGGAACCUGCGCCGGCAGCUCUAUGGGCGAGGACCCAGGCAUAGGUCGCCCCCAAGAUCCCAUACAGGCCACCGUCCCCGAGAAAGGAACCGACGCCGCUCCCCAGACCACCGGCAUGGUCGCUUCUGAGACUGGUGCUCUUGGCCGUCACCCACGGGCAGGGAUGGUCCUGCCCAGGACCCCUUCUCGGAGCAAUCCACGUUCCAACUCCAUCGUCGCCAGGCUUCAGACAGAGGAACUUCCUCCCCCCACCCCUCCCCUAAUAAAGCUUAGGAAGUUUGUCUAA